AUGUCUAGCAUAAAGCUCAUCUUCCUACUUUCUCAUAUCUGCAUCGUGUAUGGAGUUGGCGAUUGUGCCAGCAGGAUUAGCCAGCAGUCUAUUCCACAAGAGAGGAAUGAGGAAAACAUUACUGAAAACAGUGAUGUCAACAGCAAAGUGUGGACAACCAAGUGUUAUACAACGAAGACAUCAUGUCCCCGUCGCUCGAAGAAUUGGCAUUUCAAUGGUUUAGUAGGAAGAUGUGAAACGUCUACACCAAGUUUCUGUGGAGGGACAAAGAAUGCAUUUUCAAAUUUCAAAGAAUGUCAAAAUAACUGCGAAAAAGAGGAAAUUGUAACCCACCAAGACUGUCGGACGAAUUUGGACUGGGGAAAAUGUGAAGACAAAAAGAAAGGAAGGCCAAAAAAAGGAGUUUAUAGGUGGUACUUCAACAGCACCGACUCCAAUUGUCAUAAGUUUCUCUGGUAUCGCUGUACUGGCAAUAGAAAUAACUUUCCUACGAAACAAGAUUGUAAGGUAUGCCAAACAGCCAUGAAAACUACGCCAGCUACGGAGACGCCCCCACCUGCGUGCUGA